GUCUGUCUCUCUGUUAGCUUUCUGUAGCCAUCACUCUCUCUCGUCUGCUCUCUGCCUCUUGACAAUGCUGGAGACGUCUGUUUUUAAAUGUGAAAAGACCUCAUGGACAAAGGCUACACGAUGGUUUUGUUUUGUGAUGCUGUUCUUCGUCAUGGGAACUUUAAUGUUCAUUUUCUACAGUUCAAGCCCUCAAGUAUCAUGGCCAUUGAGAUUUUGGACAACAAGCUCAGGAUCAAGCCAAUCUACCCUCAAUGUGUCCAAUAAUGUUGGAAGUAUCUCUCCAGAUGACCCUCCAGCAUCAGAGUACUUUGUAGCAUAUCCUGGAAAGUACCUUUUCAUAGUGGAUGAACCAGAUAGAUGUCAGCAGGAAAGCCCAUUCUUGAUCCUUUUGACCCCAGUAGCACCCCACAACACAAAGGUCCGUGACGUUAUCCGCAACACAUGGGGGAAAGAAACCACAGUGUUGGGUCAAAGGGUCAGCCUUUUCUUCCUGCUGGGAGUAUCUGCACUGGAAGAUGGGACAGGGCCCAUUAAGAAGCAAAUUUUACUGGAAAGCCAAAGACAUCAUGAUAUUCUCCAGAGCAACUUCUUGGACACAUACAAUAACCUCACCAUUAAAACCAUGAUCAUGUUUGAAUGGGUAAUUUCCCAUUGCCCCAACAGUUCCUAUGCCAUGAAGGUCGACUCAGACAUAUUCCUUAAUGUCCACAACCUUGUAGACAUGCUUUUGAAAGCCCCCCGACAUCUCUACAUGACAGGACUGAUGGCAAGGAAUGCUCCUGUUUUAAGAGACCAGAACUCAAAGUGGUAUUUGCCGGUUUCAGCCUUCCCUGAAUCUACAUACCCAAUCUAUGCAAUGGGACUGGGCUAUGUGUUCUCGCUGGAUUUACCAAAGAGGAUACUGGAGGCGUCUGCACACGUUAAAGCUAUUUACAUUGAGGAUGUAUAUGUGGGACUUUGUCUGAGACAUUUGGGAAUCUCACUAACUGAUCCUCCUCACAGUGGUUUGUUCAUGGUGACAAUUCGUCAGAGCAGCUGUUGUUGGACGUCUGUCAUUACAACAAUACUACAGAACUAUAGACAGCUUUUACAUGUGUGGGAGACAUAUCAGACUCAAAUCAAAAGUGGCUGUUAGCCACUUUUUUUUUGUAAUACAGAGACAGAAGCUGUAACGGCCCUAUUGAACAGCACAGUAGUUACAGCGAUACACGGUUUACAUUAUGACUAUUUUUAUUUAUAAGGCCUGGUUCAGACUUUUGAUACUGAAGCGUUGGGUUUGAAAUAUACAGUAUACAUAUAUAUAUAUAUAUAUAUAUUCAAUAUUUAUAUGAAAGCUGAGCAGAUUGUGGUCACAGUGUUUUGGUCUUUCCAAAGAUUGCACACAUCAGUGUCAACAAUUACAGUUAAGUCGUCUGCACUUCAAGCCCC